AUGGAGGCUGAGAGCUGGCUGAAACAGAUUGAGAAAGUCUUUCAAGCUCUGAGGUGCCCUGAUGAGGAGAAAGUCCUUUUUGCCACCUUUAUGUUACAGGGUGAGGCAGCUGACUGGUGGGAAAUGGAGAAAGGGAAGCUUGGUCCGAGUGAUGCCCCCUUCAUUUGGGAGGAAUUUAAAAAGGUUUUCCAUGAGAAAUAUUUUUCCCAAGGUAUCCGAUUCCAGAAAUAUAGGGAGUUUGACCGACUGGAGCAGGGUGAUAUGACGGUUGCUCAGUAUGCAGCAAAGUUUGAAGAGAUGUCCCGAUAUGCUCCGACCUUGAUAUCAGAGGAUAGUGACCGAGCAAGAAAAUUUGAAAAUGGACUCAGGGGACGGAUUCAACAACAAGUCGCUGCUUUUGAACUGUCUAGUUAUAAAGAUGUGGUUAACAAAGCCCUGGUGAUAGAAAAAGGGCUUGACAACGCCCAUGCUGCCCGAGAAAAGAAUAUGAAGAAAAAGUUUUGA